AUGGCCGGCAAUCAAUACCGUCAACAAUGGCAACAAGGCUCUGCACCUGUACAGCAAGCAUAUCACUACGAUCGCAGAGAUGAUCAGAGACAGUGGCAAGAGAGUGGAAGAAGUCAAAAAUCACACAAUCAACAAGAAUACCAAGGUUACAAUGGAUAUCCCAAGGGUCGCAAUGAUUAUGGCCAGGGUUUGGUAUCUACGCCGAGUGAUGAUUAUGAACAGAACUGGCAAUGGCAAGGUCAAGACCAAUACUCUCAUGAUGGCUACCAGAGUCAAUAUGCCGACAAAAGAAAUGGCCAUCCGCAAGCGCCUAGCUCAGAUCCUUAUUCCGGUCCAGACCAUCCUUCGAAUCGCACAUAUCAGUACGAUGACAGAUAUCGCAACAAUGGACACCGUCGACCGCCCGUGGAACCUGAGUUCUCGGGCUCUUCGAACGGCCAGAGGCCGCCACAACAUCAAAGACCGGAUCCUUCCAGUCCUCAUAAAAGGUCAAAACCGCGACACAGGAUCCUAGCUGAACCCACAUCUCCCAAAAACUUGGCCUGGGACAAUCCGUUCGGCGCCUUCCCUGGGAAGAAGAGACCGGACGGCAAGGAGAGGCGUGCCAGUAUAGACAAUAGCCUGGGCAACCUAACGAAGAGUCUGGUGCACGACCACAUACAUCUCACGGGCAUCGUGGACUUCCAAGAAAAGAAGUCCAUAGACCCAGUACUUCACACGAUCGACCUUCAGACUUCGGUCGGCCUCCUGUGCAACCAGUCCAUCCACUACCACCAGGGCGAAUCUCAUUAG